AUGACUUGUAGGUUCACAAGAUCAUAUUCGACUAAAGUGACUUGUAAUAUAGAUUCAGCAUUUGAUGAAAAAAUAAAGGAAAAUUAUAGCAAUUCAAAAAAACAUUCUGGAAUAAUGAGUUUAAAAUGCACAUCAAUUCCAGAACCCAUUUUAAAAGGGAUAUAUUCAGUUUUGGAAAAAAAAGAUGUUAAGACAUUGGUAUCGGAUGGUGAAAUUUUAUCAAGGUAUUUAACACAGAGACUUCCACCGCCUGAAAAAAGUGAAAAAAGGAAAAAAAAAGAAGAAAUAAUUGAUUCGAUGAAAAACAAUACAAAUUUUCAAACGUUGAGUAAUGAUGUCAUAACGAAAUAUGCGAAGAAAAUAUUAAAAAAUCAAUUGUACAAUUGGAAACCUAUAACUUACAAUAAAAAUUUAGCUCUCCAGUAUUUGGUAAUGAGAUCCCCGGCAGAAUUUGGAGUUUUAUGCAGAGUUUUCAACGAAAUUUAUUUGAGAGAUAAAAAUUUUGCUCCGAAAAGACUUUUCGAUUUUGGAUCCGGCGUUGGAACUACCGUUUGGGCCGCAAACGAAUACUGGAAAGAAUCCAUGAAAGAAUAUUAUUGCGUGGAUUCAUCCAUGGAAAUGCACAAGUUGGCUGAGCUCGUACUUCAAAACAACGAUCCAUAUUCAUUACCCAUGAUAAAAAAUGUCUACUAUCGUCAGUUUUUACCAGCGACGUGCAUACCCUCGGACAUUGUUGUCAGUUCUUUUUCACUUUUCGAAUCGAGCAGUUGUUUGGAACGUUUAAAACUUUUAACGACACUUUGGAACAAUACUUUGGAAUAUUUAGUUUUAAUUGAAAACGGUUCUUUUGCCGGUUACAGUUUAUUAAACGAAGCAAGAACAUUUAUAUUGGAAAUAAGCGAAAAAUUCAACGUCAAAUGUUACAUAUUCGCUCCUUGUCCUCACGAAUUAACGUGUCCGAGAUUCGAAGCAACGGAAAAAUCGAUACCGUGUAAUUUUUCAAUCAAAUACAAACAUUUGAACGUGUACAAAUAUAGGAAUUCCACGGAAAAUCAUAAAUUUUCUUUUUUAAUAUUUAAAAAAGGAGAGGAUUCGCCUAUGGAAAAUCGAUCUCCCAGAAUAGUUAAAGAAGUUUUACUGAGACGAAAUCACGUCGUUUGUAAUGUUUGCACGUCGAAGGGACAGUUGAAAACUUUGGUGUCGACGAAAAAUCAACAUGGAAGUUCCGCGUACAAAUGUUUAAAACAUUCAAAAUGGGGCGAUUUGAUUCCCGAAGGAAUAUCCUUUGAUUUUAUUGAAGAGGAAAAAUUAAAUGAAGAAAAUUACGAAGAAAAGGAUGAAUAA